AUGGGAGCACUUCGUGAAUAUCCUCUGCUGGGUAUGGAAAGUGACUUUCUGGAUGCUGCUCCACGGCGGCUCCACACCGAAGCGCACGAUAGCUGGCAGACAGCAAUCGCAGCCUUCGACCAAGAGGUCAUGGAGAUGGUUUCUGUGCCGGAGCGAGACCGGCUGGCCUACAAUGAGCUGGUGCAGAUGGCCUCUCGCGAGCGCAUUGCUGCGCUACAGAGCCGGCUCCAGAAGCACCAUAAGCAGUCAGCAGCACCACCUGUUUCGGUUCCAGGACUUCUGCUAGCUCGUGAUAAGGUCAAGCUUCGGAUCGUGAGUGCAUAUCCAGGAGCCCCUGCGAUUGCUGCUGCUGGGGGAAUGUUUGUCGCAGGCAAUGCUACCGCUGUACCGGAGACCCAGAUCGAUGAGCCCUUCAACCCACGACGUGCACUGUCGUUCGACAGUGCUUGGAGGGCGGACGACAUGAUGGAAUCCCCGACCCUGCCUGGGCCCGCAGCUGCCGAGGCGUUGAAUCCACCGCCUGGAACCACUGAGACUGCCGAGCCAAAGCCCAACCCCAACAAGUCAUGCGGCCGUGAGAAGACCAGCCCGAAAAAAACAACCAGCCCGAAGAAGACCAACCCGAAGAAGACCAGCCCAAAGAAGACCAGCCCAAAGAAGACCACCCCGAAGAAGACCACCACAUCAGUGGAAGAAACCCCCGAGAAGGCCACCCCAAAGAAGACCACCACGGCAGUGGAAGGAAUCCCCGAGAAGGAUGCGAAGGUGAUUGAGACUCCCGUCCCGAGCUCCCCUACGGAUUCCCUGACACCGAGUUCCACGUUGUCACGGGGCGUAAGCACCAACAGUCUGGACAGCAGAUCAAGCAAGGUUAAGAUCCACAAGUUUGACAAGUACUACCACCAGAUGAGGCGGUUCUGCAAGCCCACCAAUGGCGCGCCCAAGGCAUCCAAGGAAGCCCUGAAGCUUUGGCAUACCGAGGAUGGAAGUAGCUUGUCUACCGCCGAUAUCAUGCACACAUGUCAGCUGAAGAGCAGUUCGGGAGUUUUGGUGUGCAUGUGCAUCCUAGGGGAGAAGCUUCGUAAGCUGCUGAUCAAAGAGGGUUGCUUCAAGAAUGUUGAGCUGCACUUGGCCAAAUACAAGAGCCACGUCGAGAAGGAUGGCAGAGCUGGUCGAUGGGUGACCAAAGCUUACCUUAUGGAAAAAUACUCCUACACCCGGCAGAUGGCCGACAAUGCCUUCCAGUGGGCAGCGGCUCGCAAGCUGGUGCGUGUCAAUGACAUGCACAAAGUUGAAGAGGCCAAGCUGGUGUUGGAGGAAACUUUUGCUGUGGAGAACGAGACUGGUGACCGUUCCGAGCUUGUGGGCUCGGCCGAGCUGGAGGACGAAGAGAACUUCUUGCUGGAUGACAUGGACACACCGGCUGGGGUUCCAGGCACGGUGGACGUCGGCGAGUCGGCCAAGCUCGCCGAGGCAAGUGCAUCUGGCAACAGCAAGAUGGCUGACCAGAUGCAGACGAUCUUGACGAGCAUGAAUGCAAGCUAUCAGGCUUUGAGUGAGGUGGAAGCCGAGGUCCUAGUGGACACUGAGGGGAAGAACUUGGAAGCCAACAAACAGAAGAUCUUGAAUCUCUUCGUGAAGUGCACAAAAGCCGAUGCCAAGAGUGUGGUCCGGUUCGCAGCAGUUGCAUCCCGGAGGAUGCGGAAGCUAGGUGUCGUCGAUGCUGGCUUGGAACGCAUUGGGAACCUGGCCACCGGCAAGGACUAUCACAAUGCUGCUCGGAAUCUACAUAAUUUUCUGCAUUCGAGUGGACAAACUUUGCCGGUACGCAUCUCUUCUACCAGACUUACAAUCCGCCGGCCAAAGAAGGGUGGUGGUGAGUUUUCAACACACUAUCCCCUGAUCUACCUCUCGAGUUGGAUGCAAUGUAUCUUCGAACAUGGGGGAGAAUUUCUCUUGGGAGGCUGGACCACUGAUCAGUCCAAGGGUUACACUGCGAUGUUUGCACGAUUCUGGGAACGGUAUGAAUGCGUGAACCCAGAGCACCCGGUUUUUUUUGAGAAAACCCGGGAGCAGCGGAUGCAUUGCAUCCCCAUGGCAGUUCAUGGUGAUGAGGGGAGGGGCCUAGGCAAAAAUCCAGUGCUGGUGGAAAGCUAUCAGCCUGUUUUGCCGUGGAGUGGUGAAGACAACCUGAACAUGGCUGGGCAUAGCUAUACCACGAGACUACUGGCCUGCAUCCUGCCCUCACAGUGUUAUGCAAAGCGCGACAAAUCGGUGGAUGGCCUCCACAAGGCCCUGAGCAAGGACCUGACAGCCUGUUUUGAGAAAGGAGUUACCAUCGAGGUGAACGGACAGAUGAAAACUUUCUGCGUGGCUUUGGUCGGGGCCAAAGGCAUGGACAAGCCUGAGAUGAUACAACCUGACAUCAUGCAUUGUUACAAUCUUGGAUUCGGCAAGGACCUAGCAGCAUCAGGAGUCAUCGCCGUUACUGAUGCUGGUUUCUUCGGUGAAGGCUCCAUACCACUGCGACUCGAGAAGGCUUUCGUUGCCUUCAUGUCAUGGUGUGAAAACAAUGCUUAUACCAGCUCCAUCAAAGAGUUCGACCUCAAGAAAACUUUCAAGAUGAAGUCGCAACGGCGAUGGCCGGUGGGCUGUGGAAAGGCAUAUGAUGUCGCCUUGGAGGGUCUCUCUGAUUCCCUCGAGCUCCUGCAUUUUACGCUGGAGUCUGGGAAUCGCUUCUUUCGCACGAUCUACAAUCAAGGGGCAUGGAUACCGGUGGAAGUGGCGAGGACUGCCGUGCAGAAUGGUUACAAUCUGAUCGAAUGCUGA